AUGGCGGCCACCACGGUGACGGAGUCCGGCGGCGUGAGGAUCAUCACGGAGGUGAUCCCGGCCACAGAUCCCCGGGCGGCACAGCUGGCAUCGGGAUCCGGGUCAGCUGUGCCUGCCAGGACGUGGUUCCAAGUCCAAGGUUUCCGGAGGGCUCAUCCCAAGGUGUUGGGGACCAUCCACAUCUUCACUGGGAUCAUCCACAUCUUAUUCGGGAUCAUCCUGACAGUGUCGGAGCAUGAAAACCCUUCUCUCCCUGUGGCCAGCGGGAUCCUCUUCUGGCUCGGGACCCUGCUCCUGGUCUCGGGAUCUUUGCUGGUGGAAAGUGAAAAGAGAGACAACAUUUUGCUGGUGCGCACCUGCUGCGUGGUCAACGUGGGCGUCGCCCUCGGGGCGCUGGCGGCCACCGCGGUCCACAGCACGGCCAUCACGCGGCUCCUGCCCGGCUGCGAGCGCCGUGUGCCCCUGCAGAUCCCGCCGGAGUGGUGCCUCAACGCCAACGGCAAGAUCCUGAGCAACGGGCUGGAUUCCACCUUCGUGCUCCUCAACCUCCUGGAAUUCUGCGUGGCCGUGGCAGCCCUGGCGUUCGGAUACGAGGCUGUCCGGCAGCACAGCUACACCCACAUGGCGCUGUAGCAACGGACAACCCCCCCACCCUCCCAGGACCACCAGGCCCCCCACAGAGGUGCCGCAUCCCGGAGCGGGGUCACCAGUACCGGAGCCUCGGAGCCUCCCUCGCCCGCCCCAGUGCCCCCAAUAAAGGUGUCUCCCCCCA